CUCCUUUUUCUGCCUGCUCGUCUUAUCGCGAUAGAGACAGUCAGGCCACGGAGCUAACGCUGAGCAACAUGGCGGAAGAGGAGGUGGCCAAGCUGCAGAAGCACCUGGCCCUGCUCAGGCAAGAGUAUGUGAAGAUGCAGCAGAAGCUGGCCGACACAGAGAGGCGCUGUGCCGUGCUCGCUGCUCAAACCUCCGGCCAGGGUACCUCCGGCCAGGGUGCUCCCAGCCCCGCAGCUGAAGACACCUUCAUCAGCCGUCUGCUGGACAUCGUGGCCGACCUCUAUCAGCAGGAGCAGUACAGUGAUCUGAAUGUGAACGUCGCAGGGGAGAAGCUCCGUGCCCAUAAGUUUGUGUUGGCUGCUCGUAGUGAUGUCUGGAGUCUGGCCAACCUGGCCUCCACCUCUGAACUGGACCUAUCUGAUUGCAAGCCUGAGGUUGCUAUGGCGAUGUUGCGCUGGGCAUACACCGACGAGUUGGAACUUAGUCAGGACGACGCCUUUCUUAUUGACUUGAUGAAGCUGGCCAACCGCUUCCAGCUCCAGCUUCUCCGAGAGAGGUGUGAAAAAGGCGUGAUGUCCUCAGUGAAUGUCAGGAAUUGCAUUCGCUUCUACCAAACAGCUGAGGAGCUAAACGCUACCACCCUGAUGAACUACUGUGGGGAGAUCAUAGCCAGUCACUGGGAUGAUCUGAGGAAAGAAGACUUCAGCACCAUGAGUGCCCAACUUCUCUACAAGAUGAUCAAGUCUAAAACAGAGUAUCCUCUCCACAAAGCCAUCAAAGUCGAGAGAGAAGAUGUGGUGUUUCUCUAUCUCAUUGAGAUGGACUCACAGUUACCUGCCAAGCUGAAUGAACUGGACAACAAUGGUGAUCUGGCACUAGACCUGGCCCUCUCUCGAAAACUGGAAAGCAUCGCCACCACUCUGGUCAACAACAAAGCUGAUGUGGACAUGGUGGACCAGAGUGGCUGGAGUCUUCUGCAUAAGGCCAUCCAAAGAGGCGACGAAUUUGCUUCCAUCUUCCUGAUUCGCCACUCGGCUCAGGUGAACGCAGCGACAGUCGGGGCGGUGGAAACCCCACUGCACCUUGUCUGUUCUUUCAGCCCAAAGAAACACUCGGUGGAGGUGAUGAGCGGCAUGGCACGCAUCGCAGAGGCUCUGCUCAAAACCGGAGCCAACCCCAACAUGCAGAACAGCAAGGGCAGAACUCCAUUGCAUGAAGCUGUGGCUUCAGGAAAUGAGCCAGUGUUCAACCAGCUACUACAGUGCAAACAGCUUGACCUGGAACUUAAAGACCAUGAGGGCAGCACAGCUCUGUGGCUGGCCCUGCAGUACAUCACUGUGUCUUCAGACAACUCAGUAAACCCGUUUGAGGAUGAUGCUCCAGUGGUGAACGGCACCUCAUUCGAUGAGAACAGCUUUGCAGCCCUGCUUAUCCAGAGAGGAAGCAACCCUGAUGCCCCUGACUCCACUACAGAAAAUUGCCUCAUGCAGAGAGCAGCACGGGCAGGCAAUGAGGCAGCUGCUCUCUUCCUAGCCACACAUGGGGCAAAGGUCAACCAUAUCAACAAAUGGGGUGAGAGCCCGCUUCACACAGCAUGUCGCUGUGGCCUGGCGAGCCUCACAGCAGAGCUGCUCCAGCAGGGCGCCAACCCCAACCUGCAGACCGAGAAAUCUCUCUCUGACGACACCCUUGAUGUGGCCUUGCAGACCCCCCUCCACAUGGCUAUUGCUCACAACCACCCAGACGUGGUCUCUGUCAUCCUCGAGCAAAAAGCAAAUGCACUUCAUGCCACCAACAACUUCCAGAUCAUUCCAGACUUUGGCCUCAAAGACUCCGUGGACCAGACAGUGCUAGGCUUGGCCCUCUGGACAGGAAUGCACACCAUAGCGGCUCAGCUGCUAGGCUCAGGGGCUUCUAUCAAUGACACUAUGUCCAAUGGACAAACUCUGCUUCACAUGGCCAUCCUAAGACAGGACAGCAAGAGUGCCCUCUUCCUGCUUGAACACCAGGCAGACAUCAAUGUCAGGACCCAGGAGGGACAAACGGCACUACAGUUGGCCAUCAGUAACCAGCUGCCCCUGGUGGUGGAUGCCAUUUGCACACGAGGAGCUGACAUGUCUGUGGUGGAUGACAAAGGGGAUCCUCCUCUGUGGCUGGCUCUGGAGAACGGCCUGGAAGAUAUCGCAUCCACGCUGGUCCGCCAUGGCUGUGAUGCAACUUGUUGGAACAUAGGCCCGUCCGGCUGCCAGCAGACCCUCCUGCACAGAGCUGUUGAUGAAAACAAUGAGGUCACUGCUUGCUUCCUCAUCCGCAGCGGUUGUGACGUGAACAGCCCCAGACAGCCAGGCCCUAACGGAGAAGGAGACGAAGAAGCCCGAGAUGGACAAACACCCCUCCACCUGGCUAGCAGCUGGGGAUUGGAGGAAGUGGUGCAGUGCCUUCUGGAGUUUGGAGCCAAUGUUAAUACACAGGAUGCAGAGGGCAGAGCUCCCAUCCACCCUGCCAUUAGCAAUCAGCACAAUGUCAUUAUACAGCUCCUCAUUUCCCAUCCGGACAUUCGUCUUAACAUCCGUGAUCGUCAAGGAAUGACACCCUUCGCCUGCGCCAUGACGCACAAGAACAAUAAGGCAGCAGAGGCUAUCCUCAAGAGGGAGUCGGGUGCUGCUGAACAGGUCGACAACAAAGGGCGCAAUUUUCUCCACGUGGCAGUGCAAAAUUCGGAUAUUGAAAGCGUCUUGUUUCUCAUCAGCGUCCAAGCUAAUGUUAACUCCAGGGUUCAGGACGCAGCCAAACUCACCCCCCUUCACCUGGCUGUGCAGGCUGGGUCUGAGAUCAUUGUCCGCAACCUGCUGCUUGCCGGUGCCAAAGUCAACGAGGUGACCAAACACAGACAGACAGCCCUACAUUUGGCUGCCCAGCAGGACCUGGCCACUAUUUGUUCUGUUUUGUUGGAGAAUGGAGUCGACUUCGCUGCUGAGGAUGAGAACGGCAAUAAUGCUUUGCACCUGGCUGUGAUGCAGGGCCGCCUUAAUAAUGUCAGAACCCUUCUCACAGAGUCCAACAUUGAUGCAGAGGCCUUCAAUCUCAGGGGUCAGUCACCAAUGCACGUACUGGGGCAUUACGGGAAAGAGAACGCCGCUGCCAUUUUUGAGUUGUUCCUGGAGUGUAUGCCUGAAUACCCUCUGGACAAACCAGAUAAUGAAGGGAACACAGUUCUGCUCCUGGCCUACAUGAAAGGAAACGCAAACCUGUGCCGUGCCAUUGUGAGGGCUGGGGCUCGACUGGGCGUCAAUAAUAAUCAGGGCAUUAACAUUUUCAACUACCAAGUUGCAACUAAACAGUUGCUCUUCCGCCUUCUAGAUAUGCUGUCCAAAGAGCCCCCUUGGUGUGAUGGGUCCAACUGCUACGAAUGUGUUGCCAAGUUUGGUGUUACAACACGGAAACAUCACUGCCGCCACUGUGGGCGCCUGUUGUGCCACAAGUGCUCUAUAAAGGAGAUCCCCAUCAUCAAGUUUGACUUGAACAAGCCGGUGAGGGUGUGCGACAUCUGCUUUGAUGUACUAACUCUGGGUGGGGUGUCGUAAUUGCAGUGGCCUGGAUAUCCUCCACCCUCUAACGCUGACCAUGCCGGGCCCAGCUUGGCACAGUUAUUCAGGCACACUAUGAGAAGGGACAUCAGUAGCAGGACAUACGAACGGAGAGAUUCCCCGACACUUACGGACCAUUUAUACUAUUCCAGUGAAAAACUAUUAAUGUCUAGAGGGACGUUCCAAAUAGAAAGUGAAACAUUGUCUUUUUUUGUUUUGUUUCUGUUUUUGAUCAAAGUAUCUUGAAGUGGAUAGGAGCAGCUCUCCAGCUCGGUGACGGCUAGACUGAGUUGUCAAUCAAUUUCCCAAGCUUGAUGUUUGUAAUGAUUAGCUCUUAUUAUCACACGCAGGUAGCUGCUGUAUACGGUCAUUUCAAAUCAGUGAUACAGAUUGGAAUUAUCAAAUCACCUUUUUGGAAGGGAGGAGGGUGGGUGGUGGGUUGUUUCCUUUUCUUUGUUGGGAUAUUUCACCAUCGGCAGCCUUCAAGCUAUGUGACCUGCCCAAAGACAAAAAUAAUUCAAUGCUACAAAAAUGAAUACUUGUAUUCAUAGAAGAGGCUGCUACCAACCAAGAGCAGAGUAACUGUAAAUCACCCCCCAGAAAUCACAGGACCUGCAAGGACAGAACUGUCAGCAUGUUCUCUGUACUAUUUCAUCUUUCACUCUUCUGUCAACCCCAUUCUGUACUUACUGGAUAAAGUGGGACAGACGAGGAGGAUUUAAAGGGAACACAACCUACUUUUUAAAAUGAACAUCAUAUCCAAAUGAGAUCUAAUCCAUUUAGUUAGAUUCAGAAUUAUAACACUGACACUGUAUUACUUCACCAUGAGAGGUGAAAGAUGGCACAACUGUUUUUCCUCUACAGCUGGUACAUAGUGUAUGUAUCCAUUAUGGGCAGCAGCCACGUGAAAUGGAGACGCUCGCUUCUUUUUUAACAAGGCAAGUUUUGGACAAUGUGACCUGAGAAAGCAUAUUCUAUCACCAGAAGAAUAAAAAUCCCCACAACAAUCCUCCUCAGUUACAGAGAUGCUUAUUAUGCCUAUGCAUGUCAUUAUGAUUUGUAGCCUUUUUACGUGUCUUUGUCAUAAUCAUGAAUCGUAUUUUUAAAAAAUCAGUCACCAAACGAAUACAUUCCAUUUUUGACCUGCCGCGAGCUCCUCGCAGGAAGUUGUGAUCAUUAAGACCCCCCCACGAUGUUGCCUCAAGUCAAGUCGUUGUCUUGACCCAUCACAUUUAACGCUUCUUGAUUUUCUAAGCCUAACAGGUGCACUUUAUCAAGAUCACAUGACAUGUCUGAUCAUUUUUUUUGGGAGAAUGUGGAGGAGAGAGAGAGAGAGGGGGGAAGGGGGUGUGGCCAUGUAAUGGGGCCUCUUUAAGUAUUGUUAAAUUGUACAGAUAAAUGUGUGAUAUUUUUGACCACUACAACUGUUUUGUACUUUAAUGCAGUUUGUGCUUGUCAUUGUGACAAACCUAAAUCUUGCCUCUGUUAAUCUUUUAUGCACAUUGUUUAAUCUUUUAUGCACAUUGUAUUGUAUCUGUAUGCUCAGAUAUCUAGCCUGUCUCUUCCUGGUGUAUCCUUUUAGAGAAAGGGAGGACAACUUUACAUAAAGGUCAUCGAAAACCAA